AAUGGCUGCCAACCUCUCAGUAAUUGUCAUUGGAGGUCCAGCUCUUGGUGUGAUUUUUGUUUUAUUAUUGGUUUUGGUCUUAAUUCAAUGUGGAGAUGCCAAGAAGAAAGACAAUAAGGACCUCGAUAAUGAAGAUCUCCAGACUGAAGGACCUUAUGAAAAAGUGGCUCCACUGGUUACCCCUGAGCAAAAAAUUAACGGGCUGAAGGCAAAAGACUGUACAGUAACAGUCCAAAUCGACCCUAGCGAUGACGGGAACAAGUCUUCGACACUGAAAUCCAAUGCGUCAAGCUCUAUAGAAAUCGGAGAUCGUCCGAAACAACCUACGCCUUUGUUACCAAGAAAUUCAAAAGACUGUGAAAGCGCUCAUUUAGUGAACAGCCAAGGAAAAAGUACGAUGGCUGAAAAUAUUGAUAAUGUACAAGCUUCAAAUGAAGUAGCAAAGUCCAAAUCGGCCUCACUACCACGACAAAAUCAACCAGUUAGCAAUGGCUCUCAAAAACAGAGCUCAAAAAUAGUAGAAGGGAGUUAUGAAACCAGUGGAAGUGGGGAAGAACUUUACACUAAAGUGAAACCGGCAGAGACCAAGCCAGAAUGUGCUUACAGUGUUGUUGAAAUCGCAGACAAAGAAACAAAAUAUGAAAUGAUUGAUGGAAAAUUAACAAGAACAAGUUAUAAAAAGAAUGUUGCAACAGAAAAUGUACCGAAGUCAGAAUAUGAGGUUUUCGACAUGAAUAAACAGCAGGAUUUAGAUCCGGUCCUUUUUGCAGUGGAAGAUUCCGGAGCAAGUGGAAUUUACGAGGCUGUCAGCGACUCCCAGAAGGAAAAUCCUACAAUUGCCGGUAGUCAGGUGAAAACAGACAGUACUGAUGGGAAAGAAAAGACUCACGAAAGCGGAGAGGACAACCACGAUGAACCAAAGAAGAAAUGGGGUCUAACUCGGUUUUCUUUAAUCAAGCGAAAUAAAACUAAAACCCAAAAAGAGAAACUCCACCCUGAGAGUCCGGCAGAACGUAGAAAGUCUAACCUGAAGGGCUCCAAUGAAAAUUUAACAAAGCUGGAGACCGAGAGUCAUAAAGAUCAGGUGAUUGAAGGACACAGACGAACUGCUAGUGGACGCGGAGAACUUCUACCGCCUCUUCCUCCAAUGGAAAAUCUAAGACUGAAAGUAGAGAAAAGAAGGACGUACCACGAGGGAGAUUUAAUUGUGGCCCAACCUUCUGGGGAACAAGCAAAAAGGCCUCCAGCUGCUGUGCCAAAUUUGUACACCAGUGAUAAUGCCGGUAACACAGAAGAUGCCGUUUACGAGAUACCCGAUAGAGGCAUCGUCAGUGCCAAAAUAAGCCCAACUCAACAAGUAAGUCCAAAAUGGCGAUCAGACUCUGCCAGCUCCCCAAGGAUGGCCCAUCGCGAAGUUCCAAAGCCCCCAAAGCCUGAUGUUGCGCCCACUUUCCCUGCAGAUGGUGAUGUAGAAGAGAACUACGAAUGUAUUUCAAGUGAGACUGUCCUCUCCAAUGAAAUUUCGUCUCGUCGUACUGACGAAUCAAAAGAUCCAAAAUAUGCCAAAGUAAAGAAAAAGGAGGUCACGGAACCAAAUGGUGGGGAAAAGGGUAAGGAAGAGGAAGCACAGAAGAUUGAAGUGUUUAUAAGACGGACUACCAUAUCGACAAAUGCGAAACGCACUUGUAAUGGUGAAAAGGAUGAGGAAAGUGAUACUAAUGCGGGUGAUAGCCUGAUGCCUGAAGGCGCCCCUUUUCUAGCCGAAACUAAAGAAGAUAUUGUAGAUGAAAAACCUACUAACAUUGAAGAUUUGUAUGCUAAAGUUGAUUUGAAUAGAAAGCGCGAUGAUGCAGCAAAGAGGGCUUUGUAUGCAACAGUCAACAAAGAGAAAACGGGUGUGAAGAAAUUUUACUAUGAUGACGAUGUUGUGGAGAUUAAGAAUGAAUAUGAAGAUGGCCAUUACACGAAAAUUGAAGAGACGGAGGAUCCUAGCGAGGAAAUUGACGAACAGAAAAAUAUGGCGAUGUUUCAGGCGAUCAGGCCAUUGACAAAGAACGAAAAGAAAUCUCGAAAACAGCCACCAGCUGAUGACUAUGAGGAUAUUACCGUGAAUGAGUCAACUGGGCAAACGAAUCAAGAUAAAGGUAAUGAAUACGAGACAAUUGUCGUUGAAAAAUCGUCGCAAAAACGUGUCCAGACAGACGAAUAUGAAGAAAUCGGGGAAUGCUCAAUGAAAGCCAGGACUGUUAACCAUUCCGCGGCAGUCAAACAACAGAAGCUAUACAAACGCAACGAAGAUGACUAUCUUGAUAUCAACGACUUCCCUGAUGGAAGUAAAAAUAACUCUUUUGACGUGCAUUUGUAGCUGGGAUCGCGUUCCACUGAGAGCUGAUGUGGUUCAUUAAUACAUACUCUUGGUUCUCUGGUUGGGUCUACUGGCAUUGCGGAAUCCCCCACGAUAGAGGGAGACAUCAAAACAGCUUUGUCCCCUAGUUAUUAACAUAACAUCCGUAGAUGCAGCAGUUUUCAGUUUGCUUCGAUUAUGCAAAUUUUUCAUAGAAAUGUACUUCUGGAAGCUUAGUUUGAUAAUAAAGUUUGCGAGCAAUAUUCGCGGUUAAUACGAGUUAACCCCGAUAUCUCAUCAAAGACUGAGCAACAUCUACCACAUAUUUUGUGAUAUGUUCAAUUUUGUAGUAGUUAAGACUGUUCUCUUCUAUCUUCAAUUUAUUUCAUUUGCGAUUCUUUGUGGUAUCUCCAAAUUCCCAAUCGAGGCAAAAAGUAGCCUUCCUCCCGCUAAUUCUGUAUCGACCAUAUCACUGACUUGAAUCGUUGAAAAUGUCGCUAGGCAAAAAGUGGGUGUUCAUCGUUGAUGCACACAAAUAGGGUAAGCAGGAUCGAAUGCUGCUAUGACUGUAAUAUGUAUGUGUCAUUUCGCUACGUUUGGCUUCCCUUUUGUUAGUUUUGCUUAACUGUCAAUAUGGUUUGGGCGUGUAGGUCUUGAGAUGGUAGAGUAUGAACAGUUAAAACAUACAUUUUUUCUGCGUCACCUUUAUUUUUAAAAGAAGAUAAAUGCAAUAUCUAGUUUUAUUACACCUUGACUAGACUUCAUUUUAGUAGCCUUUUGCUAUUGUGUAGUAUUUACCGUUAUUCGACUUUAAACCGCUAGAGGAAUAUUUAGUUUUUAAUGUAGUUUGUAGUUAAGUAUGCUAUAUUUUUUCAAAAUUGUAAAUACAUUUAUUUUUUGCUGAAUAUAUUUUGACACUUAUGCAUAACUAGCAGUAAGGAGAGAGGGAUAAUUGUUUAUUUGAAUGGGACAGUGGGGAAGGGGAUAGACGCUACAAAAAAAGACCUUUAUCAAAACACAAUUAUAUUAAUAUCAGCCCUAUCCUCUUAUCAAAAGACAAUUAUGUUAAUAUAUGCCCCAUCUAAUAAAUGUUAUUAAGUGACGUUGUAUUACCCAAUUUACAGCACACGUUAACGACCGGUAGCAUAAACUUACAUCAUAAUUAUAACAUACAGAACCAUGUAAACUUUAGCAUCUUAUCAAAGCUACCUUAAAUCAGCCCCUACUCAUGAAUAAAGAUUGAAUAGAGAAAAGAUAAUAAAAGUAAGCACCCCCGUUUCCGCAAAAUGUUGACAAUAUAUGCAUGAUUCGAAAAAAAUUUAUGAUUCUGGGGAAUUUAACGUACACGAUCACAACAUGUGUUAUCAUUUACACCAUCUCAUGGAAAUGCUAUUGUAUCUAAAUGAUAUGCAACUUUAUCUCUUAGAUAAAAGUUGAUCUCUCUCCACUACACCACUUUUGCGCUUUUACACUGAAGUUUUCAUUUGUCCCAUAUUUUUUGCCAGUCCGCUGAUGCUCCCUGUUUAAAUUUUUGGUUGAGCUUUUCCCGAUAAAUCCAUGUCAAUAGUUAUUCAGUCCCAGUUUCGUAAACGUUCUUUAGAUAAUAUGUAUAGGUAAAGUAGAAUAUUGUAAUUACAAAACAUUCCGCCAAUAUUCGUCUCUGGAUCAUUUUAAUAACAUUUGAAGCGUAGUACUGUUUAUUUUUAUUCCUACAAACGAUAAGCUCGUAAAUGACUCACA